UGGUCUUCGUUGCCACCGAGCUAUCAUCACCAUCUGCAAACUAAUUGGCAUUAAAGAUAUGUACGCCAAGGUUUCUGGAUCCAAAAACUUGAUUAACAUUACCAGAGCUCUCUUUAAAGGCUUGACACAACAGGAGACCCACCAACAGUUAGCGAACCAAAAGAGUCUCUAUGUAGUGGAGUUCCGGGAGGAGCAGGGCCCUCUGCCCAUCGUGGUGGCACUGCCUGAGGGGACUGUCCGCGAGGAUCCCGAGCUUGAAGAUGAGGUUCCAGACACAAAGCUGGAGUGGAGUGAGGUGAAAGAAGCUCAGGGAAUGAAGAAAUCUCCCUGGGCAAAUGUCAGACGGACAGUAUGGUAAAAGCUUCAGUCCCUCUGUCUCUUCUGCUCAGAGAUGCAACUGGGAAAGCCCAGCCCAAAUGGACAGGUUGUAUAGGCUUACAUUUCAGAGGAGGGCACCAGUAGCUCUCUCAUGCCAUUCAUAUUGCUGCUCCCAUUGCUACCAUUAAGUAACAUUGUUUGCUUUCCCACAAUUCUUCUGACCACUGUUUGACUAGGGACGUUCAGAUGGAGACAGCCAGUGAACAUGACUUUGACUUCAGGCAUGCAUUUACUUGAUUCUUGAAGAUGAUGUUUAAUCAACAGAUCCCAUGUUUUUUUCACAAGCUCUUGGGAAACUACUGAAAAGAUAAGAUUGUGAAAGCAAUAAAGAAUCCUCAGAAUGA